GCGCAGUGCGGAGGCUCUGACCUUCAGCCGGGCGGCAGCAGCCAGCAGCGGGGAGAGGCGUCGCCAUGUUCUCCCGGGGAGCCGCGGUCCUGGUCUACCAGCCGCAAUGGGGCCAGGUCAGGAAUAUGGCCACUUUGAAGGACAUUACCAGGCGUUUAAAGUCCAUCAAGAACAUCCAGAAAAUUACAAAGUCCAUGAAGAUGGUUGCUGCAGCGAAGUAUGCCAGAGCUGAGAGGGAACUGAAACCAGCUAGAGUGUAUGGAGUAGGAUCCUUGGCUCUCUAUGAGAAAGCAGAAAUUAAGGUCCCCGAAGACAAGAAGAAACACCUCAUUAUUGGUGUGUCCUCUGAUCGUGGUCUCUGUGGUGCUAUCCAUACCUCUGUUGCUAAAGCCAUGAAAACUGAAAUUAGCACCCUCUCAGAUGCAGGGAAAGAGGUCAUGGUGGUUGGAGUGGGUGACAAGUUAAGAGGCCUGCUUCAAAGGACACACAAUAAACAUUUCCUGGUGACAUUCAAAGAAGUGGGAAGAAAACCCCCCAGCUUUGGAGAUGCUUCAGUGAUUGCCUUAGAGCUGCUAAACUCUGGAUAUGAAUUCGAUGAAGGAUCUGUCAUCUACAAUCGAUUCAGGUCUGUCAUCUCCUACAAGACAGAUGAAAAACCUUUCUACUCUCUUGAUACAGUUGCUGGUGCUGAAAGCAUUAGUAUCUAUGAUGAUAUUGAUGCUGACGUGCUGCGAAACUACCAGGAGUUUACAUUAGCAAACAUCCUCUUCUACUCUCUGAAGGAAUCUACCACCAGCGAGCAGAGUGCCAGAAUGACUGCUAUGGACAACGCUAGCAAAAAUGCUUCUGAGAUUAUUGACAAAUUGACCUUGACAUUCAACCGUACCCGUCAAGCUGUCAUCACCAAGGAGCUUAUUGAGAUCAUUUCUGGCGCUGCUGCUCUGGGAUAAUCGGAAAGCAAGUUUCAGCCAAAGUCAAGAGGUAAAGAAACGAGGAGCUAUUCUAGAGAGUUGGUUUAACCUGCUUAUAUCCAUAUUGAUAAAACUGUUGGUCCAUCAUUCUGUGAAGAAUUAAUGGGGAAAACCUGAAAAUAUUUGUAAAUUAUCUUACAAUAAACCACCUACAUGAAACAAA